GCCCAUCCCUCUAAAUAAGUACAAAAUAUAUAGCACUAGUUUGACAACAUGCAAACCAGGAAAAAUAUACACAUUUAUUUCAUAUAAAAUAAAUACUAGUCGUAACAAAAGAAUUGAGAAUUGUCGAAGAGAAGAUGGAGAAUGGCGGAGACACAGCAUCGACUGUAACAAUAAAGGGAAUUCUUGGGUUGCUAAUGGCGAAUGUAUCGGAUAAAGAGGAGAGGAGAUUGAUUUCAUUGGGAAUGGGGGACCCCACGGCCUUUUCUUGCUUUCACACGGCUGCUGUUGCUGAAGAUUCUGUUGUUGAAUCCAUUCGUUCACGCUGCUUCAAUGGCUAUGCUCCUACUGUGGGGCUUCCUCAAACUAGAUUGGCAAUUGCAGGAUACUUAUCCCGUAAUCUUCCAUAUAAGUUAUUAUCAGAUGAUGUUUAUGUCACAUCUGGUUGCACACAAGCUAUUGAACUAGCAUUGUCCAUUCUAGCUCGACCAGGUGCCAAUAUCUUGGUUCCAAGACCAGGAUUUCCAAUAUAUGAACUUUGUGCUGCUUUUAGACAUAUUGAAAUCCGUCGUUAUGACCUUCUUCCGGAGAACGGCUGGGAGGUUGAUCUUAAAGCUGUUGAAGCUCUUGCUGACUCAAAAACUGUGGCAAUGGUCAUUAUAAACCCUGGAAAUCCUUGCGGCAAUGUGUAUAGUUAUCAACAUUUAAAAAAGAUUGCUGAAACUGCACAAAGACUCAAACUUCCUGUUAUUGCUGAUGAAGUUUAUGGGCAUUUAGCUUUUGGCGAUAACCCUUUUAUUCCCAUGGGAGUUUUUGGAUCCAGUGUUACUGUCCUUACUCUAGGAUCCUUAUCAAAAAGAUGGAUGGUACCUGGUUGGCGACUUGGUUGGUUUGUUACGUGUGAUCCCAAUGGAUUCUUCAAAACACCAAAGACUGUUGAGCGUAUAAAAAAGUAUUGCGACAUUUGUGGUGGUCCGGCAACUUUCAUACAGGCUGCUGUUCCUCGCAUACUUGAGCAAACUGAAGAAAUCUUCCACAAGCGAACCAUUAGCAUGCUUAAGCAAGCUGCAGAUUUAUGUUGCAAGAAGAUAAAGGAAAUUCCUUGCAUGACUUGUCCACAGAAACCGCAAGGAUCCAUGGCUUUGAUGGUUAAGCUGAAUCUUUCCAAAGUCAAUGAUAUUACUGAUGAUAUCGACUUCUGUUUCAAGCUGGCCCAGGAAGAAUCUGUGAUCAUCCUUCCUGGACUCACAGUUGGUCUCAAGAACUGGGUCCGGAUAACUUUCGCCGCUGAUCCAGCAUCUCUCGAAGAAGCAUUAGAUAGAGUGAAGUCAUUCGCUCAAAGGCACACGAAGAAACUAAUAGAACAAUGUUGAUUUAAGCUGUGCGUCCAGUGUUAUACUGUAUAACCUGGUAUAAGUGAUAUAGUUGGUUAAUGUAUCAUACAGGCCCACAAUUCCAGUCUAAACAAUAGCCCUACAGAUAUCCAUUUAUCCCUGCUGCUCAGGGGAUCAGGGCCUAUACUUGUAAAUGAUAAAACUAUCUGUUGACAGGGGUAAUUACUGCUUAGGCCCAUAAUUUUGGAGGCCACUUGGAAAUCUUACAAGGGUAAUUACCCCUAGAGCAAUAACAAUAAAGAUUACCAGUAUAGUUGGAGAACUCGAGAAUAUAUGAAGUUAUAAACAUUUUUGUUUUGUUUA